UUAGCUUUGUGUGACUCCUCUCUGUAAAGAUGUGAGACUUACAGGAUGCGUUUGAUAUCUCUGUUUGAGAAUACGUUUUCACUAAUGUGUAUUCAGUGAUUUAAUAGCGUGCUGCCAACUUAACAAUUCAAAUUCGAUGUCAAACCAAGGUAAAGGAUGGACAAGGUUUCGUGAAAAGCGUGAAAUAUUUCGGAAGCGGACGCGUCCAGAUGGAUUCUAGCCGCUCUUCUCAUCACGACACCGCAGAAAGGAAAAAGUGGUAAAGAGGACCAGGAUACAACUAAAUUACAGUUUCAACAGCGCGCCAGACGAGCUAAAGAGGGAAGUAAACACAGCACCGUGCCUCCUCACUGUUUGGUUCCCUUCACACUCGACCAGCGGCUGCCGCAGGCUCCCACGGACACCAUGGUCUCUGCUCCUCCGACCAGAUGAGUGUGUGGAGUCGCUUCAACCGAGCAGCGAUGGCCAGUGUGCGGUAGACAGGCGAGGGCUGUGAGGCUCCAAAGAACAACAUCUGUGCUUUUAUUGACUGAAACCCAUUCGUCCAGAAGAUGGGGCAUCCUCCUCUGGAGUUUAGCGACUGCUAUCUGGACAGUCCGGAGUUCAGAGAGACUCUUAAGUGUUAUGAACUGGAGCUGGAGAGGACGGGCAAAUUUCUCAAAGAGUUGAUCAAAGACGGCAACAGUGUAAUCUCUGCGAUCAAAGGCUAUUCUUUAGCAGUACAGAAGUUUUCCCAGACUCUCAGCAUGUUCCAGUUCGACGUCAUCGGUGACUCCCUGACGGAUGAUGAAAUCAAUAUUACUCAGUCGUUCCAGGAGUUUGCCGGACUCCUGCAGGAAGUAGAGCACGAGAGGAUGAUGCUGGUUCAGAACGCCUCCGAUCUGCUCAUCAAGCCAUUGGAGAAGUUCAGAAAGGAGCAAAUAGGAGUUACAAAAGAAAAGAAAAAGAAGUUUGAGAAGGAGAGUGAAAAAUAUCACUCCCAGGUGGACAAACACCUGAAUCUUUCUGCAAAGAAGAAAGAGAGUCAACUUCAAGAGGCUGAUGAACUCCUUGACAAAGAGCAGGUGAACUUCUAUGAAUCUUCAGUGGAGUAUGUGUACCAGAUCCAUCAAGUGCAGGACAGGAAGAAGUUUGAUGUGGUGGAGCCGGUGCUGGCGUUUCUACACAGCGUCCUAACGCUCAACAACCUGACAGUGGAGAUGACUCAGGACUUCAUGCCUUACAAGCAAGAACUGCAGCUCAGCUUGCAGAACACAAGAAACCACUACGAGAGCACUCGCGAGGAGAUGGAGGAGCUGAUGAAAAGGAUGAAACACCCGUCCCAGAUCUGUAAAAUGCACAGUUUGCUGCCCAUGGAGGGCUAUCUGUACUGUCAGGAGAAGUGGGCUUUGGGCGUGUCGUGGGUCAAAUAUUAUUGCAAGUAUCACAAGGAGGGGAGACAGCUGGUCAUGGUGCCUUGCGAACAGAAGCCUACAACUAAACAGGGCCCUACGCAGUUGACGCUGAAAUCCUGCUUCCGCCGUAAGACGGAGUCCAUCGACAAGCGCUUUUGCUUCGACGUGGAAACGAACGAGAGAAACACACCUGUCACUUUCCAAGCUCUUUCGGAGGGAGACAGGAAGUUGUGGAUGGAGGCCAUGGAUGGAAAAGAGCCUAUCUAUCAUUCCCCAAUUCACAAGCAAGCUGAAAUGGAACUGAAUGAAAUUGGAUUUAAGUUUGUGCGAAAGUGCAUCAACUACGUUGAAACAAAAGGAGUCACACAAGAAGGGGUGUACCGAACAGUUGGCAGCAACAUCCAAGUGCAGAAGCUAUUAAAUGCCUUCUUUGACCCCACAAACCCAGGAGAUGUGGAUCUCCACAGCAGUGACUGGGAUGUUAAAACCAUCACAAGUGCACUGAAGUUUUAUCUCAGGAGCUUGUCUGAACCUCUUAUGACCUACAACCUGCACAGAGACCUCAUGUGUGCUGCAAAGUCAGAUAAUCUGGACUUUCGACUGAGUGAGAUUCAUUCUCUUUCCCACAAACUACCAGAGAAGAAUCGGGAGAUGGUGGAGAUGCUUAUUAAACACUUGGUCAACGUGUGCAGUCACAGUGAAGAAAAUCGAAUGACCCCUUCAAACAUGGCAGUUAUCUUUGGACCGACACUCAUGAGAGCCAAGGAGGAGACGGUGGCGGCCAUGUUGAAUAUCAAGUUCCAAAAUAUUGUUGUUGAGAUUCUGAUUGAGGACUUCAAAAAGAUCUUCAGUUAUAUACCAGAGGACAGCACUUCCCCACCAGUCCCUCCUCCGCGGAUCACUCCAAGAAAGCGGCAACCAAUCACAAUCUCCAAGCGGCCACCUCGUGUUUAUCAAGCUCUAAAUCAAGACCACUUCAAGCAAACAGAAAAUGGCCAAAUCAACAGCUCUGUCGCGGAAGGGGAAGUCUCAACGAACCCUGUUCCCCUACAGCGGACAAAACCUGCAAGCUUUGCUCCACUCGUUCCAAGAGAACCUCCUCCAAGACUAGCAUUGAUGCCCAGACCAGCUAGUCGACACUCAGACUCUGACGCUGGCAAGAUAGACGACACGAGGCAAAGACCAGAUUCUUCUUCAGCGGCAAAUGGGGAGUCUGGAGUCUAUGUGAGCAGAGUACCAUCCUUCCAGGGCAGAAGACAACCUCCUAAAGGCACUGGAGCCAACAAAGAAGGAGAUUCGGAUGGUCUGGCCAGAACAAGGUCCACAGAGAAACAUGCCAUUUGUAGACCCCCUGUCACCCCUGAGCCCCCCUCCAGAUGCCCUGCUCCACAAAAGACCCAGAGUGCAGCCAGCAGCGAGGGAACAGCGGUAUCCUAUGUUGCCUCUAAAACAAAGUUUUUUGAGAAUGCCUCCAGACACGUUGGGAGUCCACCAGCUUCUCCAGUGGCAAAUGUAAAAAAAGAGAAUUAGAGAUAAGGCGACAUCAUGGGACCUCUACAUGUGCUGUUGGGUGCUGAUCAAGCUGGAGGGAGUCAUUGUCAAUGAUCUUAGCGGAUAGACUGAAGAAGUGGCUCCCCAUAUAUAACAAUGGCGAUAUUGAUUCCAUUUUAUUUUUAAUGGUAAGAAUGAUGUUGUAAGGCAACACAGUAGCAAAUGGACUUUUGAAUGGGCUUUCAUAGUGGGCUAAUUGUCUGUGUUUGAUCAUUAUUCCAAAGUUAGGAUGGAGUAAUGGUACUGUUUUUCCCCUUGUUUCAUGCCAGUUGACAAUUUUGUCCACUCAUUUUACAAUAUUUAGUCAUUUUACAGUUUUAAGAAGUUUGAAUGGCCAAUUUUAUUAUUUUUAUUAGAGGGAACUAACUUCCAUAACUGGUUUAACAGCUUACUUAGAAGUCUUGUCUAGAAUCUUAAGACUUGUUUUUUGCAUUGUAAAAUAGAUCUCCCAAAGAAGACUAAUUGAUUAAAUAGGGUUAAUCAUUAUUAAUUUGAAAACAUGAAAUAUAAGUAUUAUUAACUUCUUGAUUUUCUAAUGAACCAUGUCAGGGUCUGUCAACGAGCUGGAUGAAGCAAAUUCAUGAAGUAAGUUACAUCCAUGAAAUGAUUAUUUCUGUGGAAAGCUUUUUUAGUUCUUUAGUUUUUAGUCUGUUCAAAAGAAUAUUUAGAUAAAUUCAGCCAUGAGUCACUUUUAAGAUGCAUUACAAAAAAAAGUAUUUUGCUCCCCAGUGUCAGCCUGUAUUCCAGUCAGUGUAGCUAGGACAUUUACAUGAUCAAUAUAAUGCUAAUGUUGCUUUGAUAAGGAAUUAUGGAAACUAGUGUACAUUCCUUCACUUCUGACCUUGGUGUCGAUCACUUCUUACCUCAUGUAGGAAGGUCAGGCUGCACAGGAGAGUCCUUGAAGUUUACCUGAAUCUGUUGCACCUCAAAUAAAUUGUUGGGAUUACCAAAACGGGUCAAGUAAACUGAAUGUUACAAUAGUUUAUGUGAAGAUAACACUCCAAUGUUUUUCUUUUUAUUUCUUUGUUCUUAAAAUAGUUAUGUUAAUUUCACACUUUUGUUUGAUAACCUAACUUGAUAAUUCUGGUUGGAUUUGUUUUCAAAAAAGGAAAUAAACAUGAUGUU